AUGAACUUAAAACAUUCUGAUGAUGCAAAUUAUUUUAAUUUUGGUCAAAGAAGAGACUUGUUAAAUGGAAAUAUUGGAUAUUCGAUAAUGACAACAAGAUCUGGCAAGAUUAAAACAAAUUACAACGAUAAAUUUUUUAAUUGUAAUAAUGAUCGGCAAACUAAUACACAAAAUAUAAAAAUAAAAUCGAGUAAUAACAAUAAUGGUUUACAACAAUUAAUCAAUAUAAUCAAUUUUAUUCAAAAUAUACAAAAUAAACUACCAGAACCCAAACCAGAUGAUAAACCAGAAACUGAUAAACUAGAUGAACCUAUAAAUGAACCAGAAACUGAAAACCCAGAUAAACCAAUGAAUAAACCAGAAACUAAUAAACCAGAUAAACCUGAAACUGAACCAGAAACUGAUAAACCAGAUGAACCAAUAGAUAAACCAGAACCUGAACCAGAUUAUGAUUUGAUUUUUAAUACCAUUGAAAAAGAAAUUAAAUCAACUACUAGAACUGACGCUGACCAAAAGAAAAAACUUUAUAGAUUAUAUGAAAACAAAAUUCAAGAAUUGAAAGAAACUAAAAAAUUUAAUAAAUUAUUAAAAAAUAUUAAAGAUAAAUUCUUUAUUGGAAACUUGCUUGAUGAUAAAUUACAUGAUUUAUUAAUCAAGGUUUCUGAAUUAACAGAAGAACAAAAAAAUAUACUACAACAAGCACGUAAAGAUCAAUUAAUCACAGUAACGAAUAAAAUAUUUGAUGAUUUAAAAAAUAGCAUUAAAACUGAAUGUUAUAUGUAUCAAUUAGAAGAUAGUAGUCACUAUGAUCAAAGUAUUCAAGAAAUACAUAAAGAAUACUUAACAAAUGAAAGAAAACUUAAAGAUUUACAUUAA